CGAUUAAAAGGGAGAUGGUAGCAUGAAGAAUUGCGUGCAGAGCAUGGAUAUGCUCCUCGUGGUGGCAUCUCCUACAGAUCUUACCUGGCAAUCUGCUUCUGCCUAGAACGGUUUGACAGGAACCACUGUGGACGGUGAAGGAACCUGGAGAUGAAGGUGUUUCUUGAACUCUUCAGUGCAUCACAGAACUGUUGUGUUUUGGGAUAUCCUGCUUAAACCCUCUAAAGAAAAUUUGCCAACAGCCAAAAAUGACUUGAGUUGGAGAGCUGCUGCUUUAUCCACAGGGCCAGCUUCCUGCCCGGUUCAGUGUCCCAUUUGGAUGCACCGUACACUAUGGUUCACAUCAAUGUGUUGAAAAAGUUCAUGUGUGUUCUUGUGAUGAUACUGGUAGCUCUGACAGUUUGCCUGUGGAGAGAGACGAGAAGAAGCUACUAUGUUCCUUUCAAGACCAAGAGUGAUGAUUUGCAUGUUGACAGGACUUUGGAAAAAUGGAACGCACUUAAAUCACAGGGCCUUUUCCAUGAAGCAGCCAGUGAAUUGGGCCAGAUACCCAAAACCUGGUUUAGUAGCCACAACAAAGCAAAAGGCAGCACCUCUGGAACAGCCGAAAAGUCCAAGAAAGCAGAUGCUGUGAAAGUAUGGGAUAAGGACAGUUCAUCCAGAAAUCUCAUACCCAGGCUGCAGAAGGUCAGAAAAAACUACCUGUCCAUGAACAAGUACAAUGUGACUUACAACGGAAAGAGGAACGCUGCUAAACUCAGCCCAGAGAAGCUGCUCUGCCAGCUACGGGACAGGGUGAACGUGACCAUGAUACAGGGAUCAGAUGGUCCUUUUGAUACCUCUGAAUGGCAGCAAUACCUACCAGGGAAAAGCCUCAAUGAAACGGUGGGCCACCUGGGUCGCUGUGCUGUUGUGUCCUCAGCAGGGUCUCUGAAAUCAUCUCAUUUGGGACAAGAGAUAGACAGCCACGAUGCCGUCUUGCGAUUCAAUGGGGCUCCUGUCAAGGGGUUUCAAGAAGAUGUGGGGCAAAAGACGACAAUUCGUCUUGUGAACUCCCAGCUUGUAACUGUUGAGGAGCAGCAGUUCCUGAGGGAAGCGCUGUAUAACACUGGAAUCUUGAUUGUCUGGGAUCCAGCACCAUAUCAUGCAGAAAUUCAUGAGUGGUACAGAAAACCAGACUACAACUUUUUUGAAAGCUAUAAGUCGUAUCGUAGUACACAUCCAGAGCAGCCCUUCUAUGUCCUGAAUCCAAAAAUGCAGUGGCAACUCUGGGAUAUUCUGCAGGAGAAUUCCUUGGAGCAUAUUCAGCCUAAUCCACCAUCGUCAGGAAUGCUUGGCAUCAUGAUCAUGAUGACGCUCUGUGACGAAGUGCACGUGUACGAAUUUCUCCCUUCCAAACGGCAGACGGACAUUUGCCACUAUUACCAGAAGUUUCACGACCGUGCCUGUACCAUGGGAGCUUACCACCCCCUCCUGUUUGAGAAAAACUUGGUGAAGUAUAUAAACCAGGGCACAGAUGAGGACAUCUAUACUCACGGGAAAGUUACUUUGCCUGGCUUCCGAAACGUGCAUUGCUAGCAGAUCAGUUUUUAGUGUGCUUAGGAAUUUUUCUUGACUGUCAAAGCACUUUUUAAAUCAGGGUUGUCAGAUUUAUUAGGUCUAAGCACUGGCGCGUUUUGACAGCUCUUCCGUGUUGCAACACUUGCUCUUAGGACCUCAUUGCCUAACUUCUCCCAACUGUAAGGUGGUGUUAAUACAUUGCGGUACAUCCACGUGGUAUCUGCAUGAGCCACUGCAAUAAAUUUACUCCCGGUGGAGCCAGGCUUAUGCAGCAGGUGGAUAUCUCUGUCUUCAUCUCAACCGAUGAUGGUGUAUGGGAGAUGCAGGAGAGGCUUUCUAAGCAGAGAUUGCACAAGUCAGGAUCAAAUGCUGAAUAUAGUUCGGUUUGCUUUGAAGGAGUUAUGACAACCAAAAACCUGGUCCAUUGAGAAACAAGAAAAAUCAUUUAAAACUUGUUCCCAUAGUCCUAGGAGUUCUUUGGAGCAGGGCUGAUUUAUGGGAACGCUGUCAAAGCUGUGUACUGAUAAGCUAAACUCUUAGUCCAAAACAUUUGAUUUUAUAAACAGUUCGUAAAAUAACCAUGGCAACUUCCUUUCAAAUUGUGAGACUUCUGAAAUCAUUCAGGUGGCAUUUUUGACAAAGGAAGAGGGAGGCAAUUCACAAUUCAGUGAUUCUUGCAAGACUUCAAUCUUUACUUUUUUUUAAUCACUUAAAAUAAAUUUUAGUGAACAUUUACUUCUCCAGUACAGUGCUGUGCUUGGUACAGAAGAAGCCUUAUUUCAAAAACGUUUUAGGGAAGAUGCUCCAAGGCACAAAUGGGAGAACUCACUGGAAGUUGGUACCUCUUUCCAGCUCUCUGCUGGUCUACCUUUGCAAUUAUUGGCAAAUUAUUUGCUGGCUCGUCUCUGGUAACAGAAAUGCCACGUAGCUGCUGGCCAGAUGAGUUCCAGUUCUCUGCAGGCUAACCGAGGUGAUCUCUCAGUUGCUGUGUGCUUUCUGAAUAGGUGGGGAGCAGAUGCAUUACCCCUGUACUCCAUGAGCACUGGGGAGGGAGAGUGUGCUCUGCACCUCAUGCUGAAACACAGGCAGAAUUGAGGAGGGCAGCUUUUCCCUGCUUGAGAGGACUCUCCCAUAGCGGCAUGGUGGAAGUAGAAGCUCUGCAAUCUCCGUACGUCGGUGAGAACACCUUCCCUGUCCUCUUCCGUACUGAUGUGUUUCAUGAUGUCUGUAAAGAAAGCU